AUUUAUUUAUUAAAAAAAUAUGUUCAGAGUAACUUAAUAAAAACUAAUUUAUGGAAAAUAUUUAAUGAAAAAUCAUAAUAUUAAAAAAAUUACCAAUAGAUAAAUCUUAUUCAGUCUUGCAAAGUAUUUUAAUACCGACAUUUAAAUAUGGGAAGGUCUAAUUUACUGAACCGCUGAAUUGUAUAUUCGGUUGCCUAUAUUUAGGGGCAUAUGUACUGAAUUACUGAAAUGCGCUAAUUUGUUGAGCUGUACACAGCGUUGCCUAUAUUAAGGGGGAAUAUAAUAUAUAUUAUAUUAUGUACUUUUCUUAUAUUGUUAUAGUAUUUAUUGUUAUUAUAAAGCUGCAAUUGUAAGGCGAUUAGUUAACAGCUAUAAUCCAUCAUGUACUUAUUCAUUUAUAUAUUAUUUAACCAUCAAUUUAGAGGAUAACCAAGUCUCUACAAUGCUAUAUUUUUAAUAUUUCAACACAUUUGAUUUUUUUGUGUUAUUUAAAUAAAGCCGUUUGCCGGGAUCCUAUUGAUAAACAUUGGUUAGAUUUAGUUAAAUGUAUUCUGUGAGGAUUGGCAUACUGAUGGGAUGUGCUUUUAUAGUUUAUUGGUUCAGGGUUGGUCACGCUGAUAAAAUAAAAAUGUGUGUUAUCAUUUGGAGAACUCUUAUCUCGUAUCAAUUUUUGGAAGAACUGUCCCCAGUAGAAACCUUGUACCACGGAAUAUAAAUUAAGCUUCAUAAUAUACUAUAUAGUCUUGUGAUAUCACAAUACAAUAUACAUAUGUUUUUCACAAAAACAUAUAUUUAAAUAUUAUAUAUGUAUGUAUAAUAAUAAUAAUAAUAUUAUGUUACAGUAUUCUGCAUAGUACGAUUUAGAAGAAUAUACAAAUUUAUUUACUGUGUGUCUAUUAUUUUUUAAUUUUCCAAACUAAAUCUGAAUGUCGAUUACACAUCUACUCUACUGAAUACGGAAUAACUGAUCUGCAUUAAUACAAAUACACUGACAAAAUGCCACCUAAUAAUUCAGUGGUCAAAGAAACUUUUAUUGUUGGAGGCUUAACUUUUUUGGGUUAUUUGGCUGGAGGUAAACUGGGCUCAAUACUUGGUGCCGUCAUAGGAACGGUUGUUACUUCAUUUUUCAAUGAGGAACCUACCCAUUUUACACAAGAAUACCCAACACCUAGGCCUAGGUCAUACGAAGAUGAGUAUGAUAAUGUUGCGGCAGUUCGUAGUAAUAGUAGAAUUACUACAAUUAAAAAACGUAAAGCUAAAAUAACAACAAAAGAUGCAUCACUAAAACCAUCUACAUGUGCAAUAUGCUUAGAAGAAUUCAAACCAUCUAUUGUGCUACUACCCUGUGGCCACAUGUGCUUCUGUGAAGACUGUUUAUACGAUGUAAGACAGAAAAGAGUUUCUGAUUGUCCAUUGUGUAGAGAAGCUAUUGAAGAAUUUAAGGACGUAUUUUCUUCAUAAUAUAUAUUAACUUAUAACCCAUACUUUUUUUUUGACAAUAUGCUGCAAUUAUAGCUAACUAACACUAUGUAAAUAAAUGUACAGUUAACUUCACAAAAACGUCAAAGUUAACUUUGUGAAUAUUUGUGUUACUGACACUUAUAUAUUUUAGUGAAGCGACACUACAUGUAAAAUUAUCUAAAACCCACACAUUAACAAAAUAUUUACUUUUGUUUGAUGUUAAAAUGUUUA